AUGGUGAUAGCCGCCUUCGGGAUUGCUGGGGAGGGGGAGCCUUCCUACGAGCAAUUCUCGUAUCUCUACAGCAUCACGAAGUCGAAGAGCGCCGAUCAUGGUGGCUGGGUUCAGGCGAACUGCCUGAAGGCUUCCGAGCGGGGUCAUUUCAUUAGCUCGGUGCCGACUUCCCAGAAGUCGUGGAGGAAUCGGCGGGGGCUACUCUCCGGUGACUGGGAAUCACCUUCGGGAGUAGUUCCGCGGUUUCCGGUGCCCACGACGUUCCAAACCACCGUGACGGACGCAAGGAAGGCUGCCGAGGACAAGAAGAUGAACGAAUCUUCCAGGCGGGGCCUUAUGAUGGGCCUCGAGAAGAAGAAGAAGAAACAGCCCGAGGCCCCUGCCGUUCGGCUAGAGACGGAUCCCGAAGACGUUGUCCUGUCGGAGCGCCUGCGGCAGUUGGGUUCUGAGCCCGUUGCCAGGCCUACUGCCGAGGUGGAGGCGCCGAGGCAGCCGGAUGCCGAUGCCGCUGCCUCAAGAGCAGCAGGUAAGCGGCCGGUGAUGGUCGAUUUGGAGGCUUCGCCAGUUUCCAAACGGAGCCGUCCGUCGGAGGCUUCGAGGGCUGUCUUCGCGGCGGAGGACGAGGAUGGGCCUACCGAGGCCGUCACCAUCGCCUGCCCCUCGAAGACGGUGCAAUUCGUCAAACAUAUGAUCCUCGGAUCUCAAAUGGAGCUGCCGGAAGUUGACGAGUUGCCGAAGAGGCUUCUUCUAGCAGUUUUGACGGAUACCCGGAACCGCAGUAGCGCCUCCAUGGAGAUGUGGCUCUGCGUCAAGCGAGCCAUCUCCGCUGCCGAACGGGUGAAGAAGGCCUAUGACGACGGCAGGGCUAAAGUCGCCGAAGCGGGCAAAGCUAUCCAGGACCACGCCCAUCUGCUCAAGGAGAAAGAGGCCGCCGAACGGCAAGCUUUUGCUUCGGAGGCGAAGGCGGAGCAGUUGCGGGUGGCCUUGGAGGCAGCGCGGGCGGAUCUGGAGGUAGCUCGGUCGGCAGCGCGUGAUGCCGAGGCCGUCUCAGAGGCGAUCCAGGAUGCCAUGCAGGAGUCUGAGCGGAAUAAAGCUGCGGAGGUGGAGGCUGCUAAGCUAAACCUCAACUUUGCCGCCGAUCCCCCUCCCCUUCCCGAAGGAAUUACCGAAGAGAUGAUUGAAGACUACGAAGGGGAGGACGCCGCCGAGGGCCCUGGGACUGCCGAUGCCGCCGCCGGUGACGAAGCCGCUGCCUGA